GCCAACAUGGGGCUUAAGCUGUCCUGCCUGAAAGGCUUUAAAAUGUGUGUCAGCAGCAGCAGCAGCAGCCAAGACGAGGCCUCCCCCGUCCUGGGCGACAAGAACCUGACCGUCCCCAACAUCAUCGUCACCCCCCCGACCCCCACGAGCAUGACGCUGCCCAGAGACAAGCGGCAGACAGUCUGCCUAGACGAGGUGGUAUCGUGGUCAGACGACGGCGAAGCAGAGCCAGAUGCCUAAGGAGGGGCUGCAGGGGGACGUCUGGGCUCCUGCUCAGGUCGUCCUGCUCCAGAGGCCCGCCUGGGACGCCGUGCCGGGUCUACACACAUGUACACACACGCAUACACACUCGUGUGCAUGCAUGGACGCUGCACGGGGACUCGGAGACAGCCGUGCGACAGGACGCUUGCUGAACAUCCGAGGCUUCCUCAUGGUGCCCGCCUCUGACGCCCGAUUGCCUGCUGGCCUGCCAUGGGGAAGACGGACUGACCUGUCCUCGGGGCCUAGGACACCGGUCAGAGCCCUGGUUCUGAGACACACCCGCAGUGUAUUCCGUCUUCACUCGGCAUCCGUGGGCACCAGAGCUGCUUGCCGGCAAAGCCGUUGGAUUUUUUUUACCACUUGUUUUACAGAUGUCGAAACAUGGUUUUUCAUUUCUUUUUUGCAUAUAAAUAAAGGUCCUCUCUAACGA